AUGGUUCAUGAAAUGCUUGCUACGAAAAAGAUCGAGCGAAUCAGCAGACCUGAUAAGCGCGAACACAACUACUGUUCUAACAACUUCUACAUCAAGACUUCCUCCGGCCACCACAGAGCCAGACACCACUCUAACAAGCACUGCAGCAACAACACAACAAUCAAGCACCACACCGCUGGCCACAACCCUUCCAACCACUUCUGCAUCAACACAAUCAACAACCACAGAGCCUGCCACAACUCUUCCGCCCACUUCAGCAUCGACACAGCCAACCACCCCAGAGCCUGUCACAACCCUUUCAUCCACACCUGCAUUACCACCACUGAUCACCACAGAGCCUGCCACGACUCUUCCACCCACUUCAGCAUCGACGAAGCUGACCAGCACGGAGCCUGCCACAACUCUUCCACCCACUUCAGCAUCAACGAAGCUGACCACCACGGAGCCUGUCACAGCUCUUCCACUCACUUCUGCAUCAACACAGCCGACCACAACAGAGCCUGCCACAACUCUUCCACCCACUUCAGCAUCAACACAGCCGACCACCACGGAGCCUGUUACAGCUCUUCCACUCACUUCUGCAUCAACACAGCCGACCACAACAGAGCCUGCCACAACUCUUCCACCCACUUCAGCAUCAACACAGCCGACCAGCACGGAGCCUGUCACAGCUCUUCCACUCACUUCUGCAUCAACACAGCCGACCACAACAGAGCCUGCCACAACUCUUCCACCCACUUCAGCAUCAACACAGCCAACCACAACAGAGCCUGCCACAACUCUUCCACCCACUUCAGCAUCAACGAAGCUGACCAGCACGGAGCCUGCCACAACUCUUCCACCCACUUCAGCAUCAACACAGCCGACCACCACGGAGCCUGUGCCACCAAGUACAACACCUUCAAUAACCACAAAAGCCCCAGCUACAGUUAUAUCAACAACAGUGCUGCUUACCACAACAACAGCUUCAACAACCACAAGACCACCAACCACAACAACUGGGCAGGAAGUAUCAUUGCAGACUUUGUUAUUCAGAUGACAGAAAACACACAGGCUUUUGAUAAUGCAGUCAACACUGCUACCACUCAGGUUGCCAACAACCUCGCAGAACUGGAUUACACAAUGGAUGCCAACUCAUUUGCACAAACUGACAUUGCCUGUCAAAAUAGCAAUUUUGGGGUAGGAAGUGAGGGUGACAUAGCUGUGGGAAGCUGUAAGGAGAAUGAAGUUGGUAGCAUAACAGCUGAAUGUCAGUCAAACAAAUGGGUAAUAUUGAAGAACACCUGUGUCCUUCGCAUUUUUCAAGAGCUAGAGACUGAAUCUGAGAAAGUCAGCAAUGCUACUACAAGUAAUCAAAAUACUGUGACAACUUCAAGUGGAACUGUUACCAGCAUUGUUAGUAUAGUGAGCGCCAUAGCAAAUACGUCUCAGAGCAUUCAAGUCGGUGAAGAUAUAAUCGAGAAUGUCCUUGAAACCGUGGAGGUCAUAUCAUCUGAUAAUGCAAAGGAGGUCUGGGAUGGUUUAAAUAAUAACACGGAAAGCCAACGUAACAGCUCCUCACUGCUUCAAGCAUUAGAGACCAUCGUUGAUUCUACCUCACCAGGCUCCUUUACAAUUAAAACAGCAAACAUUGAAUUCACAAAAACUUCUUUCAAGAAUUCAUUCAGAAAGACAGUAGGAAUUAAUUCAACAGGUGAAAUAUUCAUUCCAGGAACUGCAUUUUCCGACCGGAAUGUUUCCAUCACCACAGUUGCAUUCUCCAAUCUGAACAAUGUUUUACCUCCCAGAGACGCUCAAAACUCCAGUGUCACUAUCAUCAAUGGGAUUGUUUUGUUGAUCAAUGUAACCGAAACCAUUGAUAACAUCUCCCUAAGUUUUCACAAACUUAAUACCACUCUUGCAACCCCACAGUGCGUCUUUUGGGAUUUUGAUCUUUUCAAUGGCUCUGGAGGCUGGAGCUCAUUUGGUUGUGAGUUAAAGAUAGAUGAUGAGGACAACGUCACCUGUGAAUGUAACCAUACAACCUCUUUUUCAAUACUGAUGUCUCCUUACAGUCCAAAUGACCCCGCUUUGUCUUAUAUUACCUUUAUUGGUGUUGCGGUGUCAAUGGGCAGCUUGGUUUUGUGCCUCAUCAUUGAAGUCCUUGUAUGGAAAGCAGUCUCGAGACAUGUGACAUCAUACAUACGACACAUCGCUAUAGUCAACAUUGCUGUGUCUCUUCUGAUUGCUGAUAUCUGGUUCAUCGUCGGAGCGUCCAUUGAAAACCCAGAGGAAAAUGUGUCAGCAUGCAGUGCAGCAGCAUUCUUCAUCCAUUUCUUUUACCUGGCCAUGUUCUUCUGGAUGUUGGUCUCAGCGCUUUUACUUUUCUACCGCACAGUAAUGGUUUUGUCUCAAAUGUCCAAAUCGGCUAUGCUGGCUAUCGCCUUUACAUUGGGUUACGUUGUCCCUCUUAUCAUAUCUGUAACCACUGUUGCUGCAACAGCUGGACGUCAAGUAUAUGUAUCCAAGGAGGGAUCAUGCUGGUUGAACUGGGAUGACUCAAAGGCAUUACUGGCUUUUGUGAUUCCAGCCCUAACCAUUGUCUUGAUCAAUUUUCUGAUCAUGAUUGUGGUCUUGUACAAAAUUGUCUGCCGUAAUAGAGUGGGAGAUUCCACUCAGUCAGAUGAGAGAAACACCAUGGUUGUCAUCGCCAGAUGUGUUGCCAUUUUAACACCACUCUUUGGAAUCACUUGGGGAUUUGGGCUAGGAAUCUUGAUCAAUCCAAAGGCUACUGCACUUCAUUAUCUGUUUGCAAUCUUUAACUCAUUCCAGGGUUUCUUCAUUUUGGUGUUUGGGACCCUUCUGGACCAAAAAAUUCGUGAAAUACUUGGAGGAAGGUUUCGCUUACGAAACAUUAGCUCCAGCCGUACACGAAGCACAUCAUCAACUGCUGUAUCCUCCUCUACAAGUGGAUUUAAUAUCUUUCGAAGAAGGAGAGGACGGACUCCAGUUUCUCAAGUGGCAUCUUCAGGCAACACUGGGGCAUCAGAAUCUUUCAUCUCUGUGUAG